AUGCCUCCCCGCCGGCGACGAUUCCAGAAUGAGGGCCCGCCACGUAGGUCCGCCCGCCAAACUAGCAAUAGGUACAGCUCUGCAAUCAUGAAUCCUAACCAGGCCCAGGUUCCCCCCACGCGGGAAGAGUUCUUCCAAGCCCUCAUCGAUGCGUAUCAGACCCCCCUUUACGUGAUGAUGGCUCAUGGCUACAACAUUGCUCAAAUCGAACAUAUGCUCAACAACACUGAUCGCAAUAGUUGGCCUCAAGACCUCGUCCGCCUUAGCGUGGUCCACGAUAAUCUAUUCACAGCACUUCACAGGCUUUACGACGAGAGUCUAGCGUCUGGUGACGAGCAGCUGCACCUCGAGACGAUUACCUACAUGCUUGGCAUAUACGCUCGUAUUGCGCGUGUUGAGAUUGCCCACGAUCCCCGUCCUGAUGCAUUGCGAGUUCGGCUUAUGCUAAUUCCGCCUAAUCAUGCACGACAACAACUGUCGCCUUUCAGACUUCUAUUCACAGAAUUCGUUGGACUCAUUGAUAAUGAUGCCGAUGUGGAUUAUCAAUACUCCCUGCCCGGCUCUCCAGGUGCGGGCUACGUUCCUACUGGGACGGAUAUAGACUAUCCAGCCUCCUUGCCAGGGUCUGACACGGAGUCCGAGUACUCUGGAGAAGAGACUGUUUAUAGUUCUAGUUCGGAGAGCGAGGAUGAAGACCAGCCUAUAGCCAAUAACCCCGGGAUCAACCAGCCACUCAGCCCGGGCGAUCGUAACGCUUAUUACGACGAGUACGUUUUCAACAACGCUGACGUGACCGAAUGGGGAGAGGGAUACGUGCUCCAAGGGCUCAGCCGCGAAUUCUGGACCAUUGCAGGAAGUAGGCUCAGCAGGAACGAGGAAUUGUCUGCGUGGGAGCGUACUACCCGUAACAUUCCUGCUUUUGAAGACCUCGCAGGGCUUGUAAGAGAGGACGGUAUCGGCGAUGACUGCAUUAUCUGCGGAGACCCCUUCACUGACGAUCAUCCUAGUGUACAGUUCGCAACCUGCGUCCACCUAAUAGGGGAACACUGUCUCCGAGACUGGAUCAACGGAUCAGAUACUGCCCAUCGAUGCCCACUAUGCAACAUUCAAAUAUUCAGUCCGCGAAGGCUCGCUGUUAAUGGAAGCAUAGUUUGGGAUCGGGCACAAAUUGCUUUGAGGCAACUAGAUGAGAUCGCGCAGCUCAUCAUCGACAUAGCGGGGGAACGGUAUUACCGGGACACGGAUCUAUUUCAACUCGCAGCAUAUGUUCAGUUCCUACGAGGACCGCGUCCACUUCCACCGGUGGGUAGUCACAGGACCGACGCCACCACAAGGUCAGGCGGACCACCACCUCCUCCUCCGCCGCCGCCGCCAGGUCCAGUAGCAACAUAA